GUCACUCCUCUUCCGCUCUUCCUAUUGGAGGCCGGCCUUUCGCAGGGGUGGGGCCACUGGGAGCUGGAAGCAGCCGCAGGCAUGGCGGCGGCUGUGCGGUUAGUUCUGCUGGUGCUGCUGCUUCUGGGACCGGGCGUCUGGGGCCAAGCGGAGCCCCCACGCGACAGCCUGCGGGAGGAGCUAGUCAUCACCCCGCUGCCUUCAGGGGACGUAGCCGCCACUUUCCAGUUCCGCACGCGCUGGGAUUCGGAGCUGCAGCGGGAAGGAGUGUCUCACUACAGGCUCUUCCCCAAAGCCUUGGGGCAGUUGAUCUCCAAGUAUUCUCUCCGCGAACUGCACCUGUCCUUAACCCAAGGCUUCUGGAGGACUCGCUACUGGGGGACACCCUUCUUGCAGGCCCCAUCGGGGGCAGAGCUGUGGGCUUGGUUCCAAGACACCGUCACCGACGUGGAUGAGUCCUGGAAGGAGCUCAGUAAUGUCCUGUCGGGGAUCUUCUGCGCGUCUCUCAACUUCAUCGACUCCACCAACACGGUCACGCCCACCGCCUCCUUCAAACCCCUGGGGCUGGCCAACGGCACGGACCACUCCUUCCUGCGCUACGCGGUGCUGCCACGGGAGGUCGUCUGCACUGAGAACCUCACCCCGUGGAAGAAGCUCUUGCCCUGCAGCUCCAAGGCAGGCCUCUCAGUGCUGCUGAAGGCUGAUCGCCUGUUCCACACGAGCUACCACUCCCAGGCAGUGCAUAUCCGCCCGGUUUGCAGAAAUGCACGCUGUACCAGCGUCUCCUGGGAGCUGAGGCAGACCCUUUCUGUUGUAUUUGAUGCCUUCAUCACGGGACAGGGGAAGAAGGACUGGUCCCUCUUCCGGAUGUUCUCCCGAACUCUCACCGAGCCCUGCCCCUUGGCUUCAGAGAGCCGAGUCUAUGUGGACAUCACCAGCUCCGGCCAGGACAACGAGACGUUGGAGGUGUACCCGCCCCCCCUUACCACAUACCAGGACGUCAUCCUGGGCACCCGCAAGACCUACGCCGUCUAUGACCUGCUGGAUGCAGCUGUGGUCAGCACCUCGCGCAGCCUCAAUGUCCAGCUGAAGUGGAAGAGGCCCCCAGAGAAUGAGGCCCCCCCGGCGCCCUUCCUGCAUGCCCAGCGGUAUGUGAGCGGCUACGGGCUGCAGGGCGGGGAGCUGAGCACCCUGCUCUACAACACCCACCCGUCCCGGGCCUUCCCUGUGCUGCUGCUGGACGCCGUGCCCUGGUACCUGCGGCUGUACGUGCACACGCUCUCCAUCGCCUCCAGGGGCAAGGAGAACAAACCAAGUUACAUCCACUAUCAGCCUGCCCAGGACCGGAUGCAGCCCCACCUCCUGGAGAUGCUGAUUCAGCUGCCGGCGAACUCCAUCACCAAGGUCUCCAUCCAGUUUGAGCGGGCGCUGCUUAAGUGGACCGAGUAUACCCCAGACCCCAACCACGGAUUCUAUGUCAGCCCAUCUGUGCUCAGCGCGCUUGUGCCCAGUGUGGUGGCAGCCAAACCUGGGGACUGGGAAGAGAGCCCCCUCUUCAACAGCCUCUUCCCAGUCUCUGACGGCUCCAGCUACUUUGUGCGGCUCUACACGGAGCCACUGCUGGUGAGCCUGCCCACGCCGGACUUCAGCAUGCCCUACAACGUCGUCUGCCUCACCUGCACCGUGGUGGCCGUGUGCUACGGCUCCUUCUACAACCUCCUCACCCGCACCUUCCAGAUCGAGGAGCCCAGGAAGGGUGGCCUGGUCAAGCGGCUGGCCAACCUCAUCCGGCGUGCCCGAGGCGUCCCCCCGCUCUGAGGAGAGCCCUGCUCACAGUUGGGCUGCAGUUUUUCCUGAGAGGGGUGUGGUGGCUGAGUCCCCCAGCCCCCGCCCUGCCCCCAAGGCUCUUCCUGCCACUUGCCCUCCCCCCGGGGCGGCUUUUGAACCAAGCUGUGUCGUGGAAUGGGCCAGGGCCUAGAGCUGCAAUGUUCAGGACAGUAGCCGUGAGUUGGCUUUUGAAUUUAAUUGAAAUUGAAAAUGCAUUUCCUUAUCCAUACUGAGUGCAUUUCAGGUACUCAGUAACCAGAAGUGGUUACUGGCUUCUGUACUGAGCAUCAUGGGGACAGGUGUUCACCACUGCAGAAAGUUCUGUUGGACACUGCCCGCCUGGGUAACAGGAUGUGCUCAGAUAUUCGUACCACUGUGUGGUAGGUGGAGAUUACUGGUUGUGGAAUAAAAAGUAUCUAAUUCCAUG